UGUUACCUAUGUGAAGCUCCAGCACUGGGAGAACAAAGGACGCACAAAGCAUACAGACUUGAAACCGUGACAUGGACUCAGACUCAGAUGCUCUCAGUAUCCCUGCCUCCUGGGUCCAGAUGGAGUCCUCUACACUCUUUUAUGAUUAUCAUGAUAAUCUGAGUCUUCUAUGUGAGAACAAUGCCAUCUUCUUUUCCACCAUCUCCACCAUUGUCCUCUACUCUCUGGUAUUUCUCCUCAGCCUGUUGGGUAACAGCCUGGUUUUGUGGGUCUUGGUGAAGUAUGAGAACCUAGAGUCACUCACCAAUAUCUUCAUCCUCAACCUGUGUCUCUCAGACCUGAUGUUCUCCUGCCUACUGCCUGUGUUGAUCUCAACACAAUGGGAUUGGUUUCUAGGUGACUUCUUCUGCAAGUUCUUCAACAUGAUCUUCUGCAUCAGCCUCUACAGCAGCAUCUUCUUUCUUACUAUCAUGACCAUCCACCGAUACCUGUCUGUAGUGAGCCCCAUCUCCACUCUGGGGAUCCAUACCCUCCGCUGCCGUGUGCUGGUGACCCUAUCUGUGUGGGCAGCCAGCAUCCUGUCCUCCAUCCCUGAUGCUGUCUUCCACAAAGUGAUUUCCUUAAGGAAAUGUGAUUAUUCCGAGUUUCAUGGGUUCAUGGCCUCAGUCUACCAGCACAAUGUCUUCUUCCUCCUCUCCAUGGGGAUCAUCCUGUUCUGUUAUGUACAGAUUCUCAGGACCUUGUUUCGCUCAAGGUCCAGACAGAGACACCGAACAGUCAGGCUCAUCUUCACCAUUGUGGUAGCAUACUUCCUCAGCUGGGCUCCCUACAACCUCAUUCUCUUCCUGAAAACUGGAAUCAUCCAGCAGAGCUGUGAAAGCAGACAGCAGCUGGACAUUGCUAUGGUCAUCUGUCGCCAUUUGGCCUUCUCCCACUGCUGCUUCAACCCAGUGCUUUAUGUCUUUGUUGGGGUCAAGUUCCGCAGACACCUAAAAAGUCUCCUCCAGCAGGUCUGGCUGUGCCGGAAGACAUCCAGCGCUGUUCCAUUCCCCGUCUCUCCUGGUACCUUUACAUAUGAGGGCCCUUCCUUUUACUGAGAGGAGAGGAUGGUCACAUGGAGAUGACUGGGAGAACUGAAGGAAGACAAAGAGAAGUGUUAUCAGGAAGAAAAAUAUAAUAGUGAAGAUACCAGCAACUACUGCAGAAGUGUGGAGGAAAGACCUAUGGAAAAGUGGCUUCCAUCUGGGCAAUCCAACGCUACACUUCCUGCUCUGCUACACUUCCUGCUCUCAGUUCAUCAUUCAUUCUCUUGCUUAGACACAGAUUGCUUAUCGGUGAUUAGUCAGAAGAUCCUAAGUGGAAGGGUUUCUGGACUUUGGGAGGGCUUGAAGUUAAUACUAUGUGCUAACUGUGCAGUGAGGUUGCUGGCACAUAGGGUUGUCCCAACCUAUUUUUUUUUCACCUUGGUGAUGGCUGACUCUGUGGUUCUUAGCAGCUACUGGAGAAAACUGUCUUCAGGACAAGAAUAAUCACAUCUUCAAACAUUGUACAGUCACAGUGAAGUCUAGACCAUAAAAUCCCACUAAAAUGAAGAGAGUUUUGUAUUCUGGCAACAGCUGCUAACACAUAAACUGGCUUUUAAAUAUUUAAACUGGCUCAUAACUGAAGGAAUGAAUGCAAUAUAUGCUACUGUCUGCACUAAGUAAUUAUUUGGACAAUACGAAGAUGAAUAAGAUAUUAUUGCUAACUUCCAGUAGCCACCAAGCCAUCCAAGAAGGUAAAGAUAAGAAAAGUCCACUUAACAGAGGCAUUCAGGCUGAAUAUUCCUCUGCCAUUUCAUCUCUUCCAGAUUGAGAGAAAGAUGACCUCCUUCUAUCUGUACCAGCACCCCCCUUUUAACUAUUCUUCAGAGCUAAAUUCUCCUUAAGUACCGCAUUCCCUUUCCCUAAGCUUCCAGAGCCAGGUCCUAUGAAUUCUGCCUUUCCAGCAUCUCUUCAGCUUACUCUCACGAUCACAUACCCUUGACUUCAUCUCUGUAUUGUCCUCUGUCCAUAGUGUCUUCCUUUUGCUUCUUUUUUUCUCUGUUCCAUCUUCCUCCUCCAGGAAGCCACCUGCCUGAGAUUGUUCUUUUAUUUACUGCUUCUCUGUCUGGGGUUUUUCUUUGAAGCUUUAAUAAAAUUGUCCUCAAGCUUCCUUCUGA